AUGGCGCUGUCCGCGCUGCCCAAGGAUGUCCUCCACAUCAUUCUGAAGAAGAUCAGUCUGAAGGAUCGCCUCCGCUUGGAGCUGCUCGACCAGAGCCAUCUCGAGACAUUCAGAGACCCAGAGCUUUGGCUAGACGUAAACCUUGGCGCCAUGCAAGCAUUGGAUCUCACAGAACAAGAGCUACUCUGCCUUUUGUCGAGGGUCGAGCCUAAAUUAAAGCAGGCUGUGAGUCAGAUUGACAGCAUGGCGGAGAUCCUGAAGGACUUGUCCCAUGACGUUAUGAAGCAGACUCCCAACCCGCUCAGGGACCGGUUGGAAGAGGAGAAGCUUGAUCCAACGCACUUUUUCACAAUGUUUCUUUGGCUUGUUGUACGAAGCUUGGCGCAGCUUCAUCAGAUGUUCCCUGAGACCUGCGGACCUUUUCAGUAUCUUUGGGAUCAUCCCUCUCUGAAGGACUUCAACCCCUUUGGGAGCCGGCCUGACCAAGGAAAGCAAGCGCCAGUUGAUUCCAUGAAUUCUCUGCUUGAGACCAUGCUAGAACAUUCGCUCUUUGAGUUCCAUAAGUCGAAGGCAGCUUACCUCCAGUUCCUAGACAGGGUCCUGAUGCUCAUACGACGCCGAGGUGACGUUGAAAAUUUGACAGACAGGAGGCACAUGCUGAGCGAGGGCUGGACUAAGGCCAAAAUAGCGACCCCGACUGUUAUGUUUGAGAAUCUUGUCAUUGGUGAUGACCAGAGUCAGGUCUACGACGAACUUCGAGGGUUUCUCCAGGAAUCGCCUUCCAAGCUGCGCAUCGUCUUUAGUAACUGCCUGCUUCCUCCAUCGACGGUCCGCUGCCUCUGCAAGCUGCUGGGAGAGUGUGGUGCCGGCUUCGUUUCCUUCCGGCAAGCGGACAGUCCCUUCGACAGAAUGAGCAACCCGCAGUCUGAGGAUGCAGUUUUGGAAUGCGAGGCGCUGCAGAAGAGCAAGAAUCUUCAAGCCCUGGAGCUCGAUUUUCCGUUGAUGCCGAUGGAUGUCGACUCAGCCGCGAGAUUCUUGGAUGUGAGCGGAAACUCAGCCACGCUCGUACUCCAUCUGAGGACGGAGUUCUACAGGGGCGAACCAGAACUGGCACAGCAGGUUGUCUUGCGGCUUCAGGCUCUGUGCGCUUCGGAGAGGGGCCACCGGGUGACGCUCGUGCAGCAUUGGAGGCCCUCGCGACUGUUUUGGUCGGACACACAAGAGAGAGAGGAGAGUGGGGGCGGUCUGAGCGACGCAGUCUUCCUAUCAACCGUCGAGCAGGAGAGGGAGACCAAUCUCCGGUGCAAGAGGUGGACUUUGCGCGUGAUGAGCGUUGUGCGUGCGUGGUCUUUGCUGGACGUUGCGCUUGCUCCAGCGGCCUUCUUCGACGUCAAGCUCUUCGGCUACAGGGUGCAGUCAAGCAUUGGAGUGGUUGGCUUUUCGGUGCCGACAGCAGUGGUGCUUCUGUGGAGCCCGCUCCAGCACGCAAUGGUACAAGGACACGAUUGGGACUGGACUGCCAUCAGUUUUGGUUUGUGCAUCACCGGUAUCGUACCGUUCUCUUUCCUCGUGUUCGCAUUCAAGGCCUUCUCAAGCUACAUGGGAGCAUGCCUGUUGUGGUCCGGGGGACGGCAGAUCUGCAGAGUAGCUGUGAGUCUCUUCCAUACGCUCAAGGGAAAGGUUUCGCAAGUCAGGGCGCAAUAG